GUGCACCAAUGAAGUCCUGUUGGCAAUGAUUAUUUAUUCAUUGUGUUAUCACUAAUAAUAAUAAUACCAAUUAUCUUUUACUGAAUGCCAAAUUUUUGGCUUAAUUCUAUAAUAUUUCUACAUGAACUCUAAUACAUUCACAUCAACGGUGAAUCAUUCUUGUACAUCGAUUAAUUUUACAACAACAAUAACCUGUACUGCGACUCAUACAACGACUAUAACAACAACAACGAAAACAAAUGCUACUAAUAUUUCUACAACUAUUACCAAUACUUCUUCGUCUAACACAACAACAACAACAACAACUACUGCUAUUAAUAGUAAUGAUACGACAACGAAUACAAUUUUAAGUAAAUUAACUGAUCGUGCUACUUAUUUUGCUGUUGUUUCUGAUACUUGUGCAUUCAAUCGUAAUUUAUGCAAAACUCGUUAUUCUCGAUUACCAUUUUUGGAUUUAGCAACUCAUAUUUCUCAAAGACCAGCUCCAUGGUUAUAUCAUACAAACAGGGAAUAUUUAAGAGAAUCACCAUCUAAAGAUCCCCAUGUUUACUUACGUUUUCCUCGUUAUCGUUGGCAUUUGGACUAUCAGUCACCCCAUAAGAAGCGUAAGACUGCUAAUCAAAAACUUUGGUAUACGUUACAGAAUGGAUUGAAAGCACUGGGAGUCUCGUCUGACUUGGGUAAAUUUUACUAUUAUUGCUGUUUAUUAGAUAAAUCUCAUGAAAAAUCAUUUGAAUGGUCUAUUAUUGUUUUAAUGCAAAUUUGAUGUAUUAAGUCGUUGACUGGUUGUGUUUAAUAUCAAUCAACAAAUAUGAUAUUAUUACUGGCAAUAGAAGUUUGUCGGACACAACUAUAAAUAUCAACAAUGAGAACUUUCAGAUGUUUAUGAAUACCAGUCAGUUGAACAAGUUUAUGGUUGUCUGGGCUCAGUAAAUAGUUCCUGUUGUUACAAGAAAAGCUUAUGCUAUAUCCGGUCUCUCAAUACCAUCAAGUUUAGCUAACUACUUGGAUGCUCUGAAUCCUCGAGUGUCUGUCAGUCAUGCAACAGGAAAUAAUGCUAAUAAUAAUAAUAGUAGUAACUCAACUAACCGAUUACAGCACUCAGGUUUUGUUGGAACAAACAAUUCUAAUGUCCACUCAAAUUCGUUCCAACGAAAAAUACUUUAUGACAAUCAUGGUGAUUAUUCUCGUGAUGCAAUAAUCAACCCAGCGAUAAUAACAUCCAUGUUACACGAUGAUGAAGAGCACGAUUAUAUUGUUAGUGAUCGAAGUCAGGAUAGUGUAUGCUUCUUAAAUGGUCGAGUUGGAGGAUCGGCGUCGAAUACUCCAGGCUUUUUCGGUGGCAUCAGUGGUGGUGGUGAUGAUAGUACACAAUCAUUUGAUGGAAUGUUGACAAUGACUAAACGUAUAAACAAAAAUUAUAGGACAAAUUCCGAUAAUGUCAAUUUAUCCGAUUUACAAGAUGGUACUCAUGAAACACAGCAUAGCAAUAAUAAUCAUAUAAUGUUAAAUAAAUCAGAUUAUACUAAAACCUACGAUUUAGAUAAUGUCUCUGAAGAUGAUGAUAAUCAAAACCGGGACUAUGAUGCAGAGGAUUUUGAUGGAGAGAUAGGGGAAGAGAUAGAUGAUGAUGAUGACGGUGGCGGUGAUGCAGAUUGGUUUACUGGACGACGACGCAGGACGGGAGUAAGUGGUAAUAACAGUUCUGGUGGAGGUAAUAAUGGUCUCGUUAUGAGUGGCAACGGAAGAAGAGGCAAAACACGAUCUAUGUAUUCACUGAAAAUGACAAAAUAUAAUCGAAAAAUGGUCAAUCAGAAAGUUAAUCGUUCUUCCCAAAAUUUUCCUGCACUGAGUAGUCGUUUAGGAGGUAGAAGAUUUACGAAACGUCACCUUGGCCGUCCAUUUUCAGGUCGACUUCGAGCAAACGAUUCACGCUUGGAUGAUCAAUCUUAUACGUAUGCAAAAUCUAGUCCUUCUGUUGGACGUCGUGGUAGUCGGGCUAUUUCUCGUCUUGGCACUAGACAUAUGAGUGAUAGUUGGAAAGGGCUUCAGCGUUAUGGAAUUGGUAGAGAAAAGCUAAACGAAUGCAACGAUUCUUGGGAUGUCGAUAAUGAACCCGGUUUCCAGUUGAACGCUACUCCUAUUACACCGACAAUAAAUGAGAAACACGAAGGGAAAUUACUCGGAAAUUGUAAUACAUUAAACGAUCGGUUGAAUACAUCAAAUUUAUUUUCAUCAUCAUCGUCUUAUCCGUCGACUUCGUCAAACUCUUUACAUCUUCAUUCUUCGUUAGUAAACAGUGAUAAAUCUUUGUCAGGUAUAUAUGAGUCCUCAAUACAAAAUCGAUUCAACUCUGACCGUAGUUCACCUUUAUUAUCUCAGUCGAAAUUUGUCCGUUCGUCAGCUACACCAGCGAAUUGGUCUCAUUUAAUGAAUGUAAAUCAGUCAAACGUUGGGACACAAUCAUCAACUACAGUUAAUAUGUCCAUUUCAUCAAUGUCAUCUUCAUGUAUGUCAUCAUCAUCAUCUCCAAUGGAUUCGUGUCGAAUAUCAGAACAACCUAAUAACUUAUCGUUACCUCGUUGUUACGAUUCAAAUGAUUAUGUUAUGCGUAUAGAGGAGUUGUCGAAAAAUCAUGAAAGUAGUCCACAAUUUUUUUCAUCUGGUCGUCGUCCUAAUACAUUUAGACAGUCGAACUGUAGUGAUACAAUGAAUCGUUAUAAUCCUUUGUCAGUACCUUCGGAAAGUUUUCAUAACAGUCCAUCAAUAAAUAGUACAGUUGGUCCAAUGGUCAACCCAGUUUUCAGUAAUAUCGAUCAGUCAAAUAAUAAUACUAAUAAUAGUCCCAUAAAUACAUCCAAUGUUAGUGAUAUGAUGCGAAUAGUCGAUGCUUCUAAUACUGAUAAAUCUAAUAAUGGACGAGUGGUUGGUGAUUUGCAAACAUUUGUUAGUCCUCAAACAGCUACUACAACUGUAACUUUCUUUGUAUGUGAAGUAUGCUCGUCACGCUAUCGAUCUACUGCAGGACUACGUUAUCAUUAUCAUAGUCAACAUUCAGGUUAUACACCACAAAAUCCUAUAUCUGCUUCAGCAUCACGACUUGUUGUACCGGUUGGUGAAGAAAGAGGUAUUGGCGGAGGACUUCGUGGUGGACGACCUAGAAGACAUCGAGGUUCGACUGGUUCUUCGAAAUCACGUGAUAAAUUGGCGAACUCCCCCUAUGUCAACGAGUAUCAAAUCUCUUCUGAGCAAGAUGACAGAUCCAACAGUAUCUUAUCAUCACAAUACUGCAAAAUUACAAAUCCCUAUUCACCAUCAUCUCAAAAUAACAAACGUGGUCAUAAUAAUAUCAAUCGUUUAGAUUGUAAAACAAUCGACUCUAGAUCAAUUGUAGAACCAAAGUUAAUCGAUUUAAUCACAAGUCAAGCAGCUCCAUUGAAAUAUCAAGAGAAAGUUCAUGUUAAUCACUACAAUUCCAUAGAGUCCGAUAAUGAUAACAGCGAAUUAGUAAUUAUUAAUAAUAAUAAGGAUAAUAAUAAUAAUAGUUUACUAACCUCUGUAGAAAUGAAAAAGUUACCUUUCUUGGAUAAUCAAACUAAUGGUGCAGAACGUUCAUCGUCUUUAUCAACACCUGGCAAAUUUGUGGAUUCAACAGAUUCAGUAAUUGCUGUUAAUGAUUCAUCCUCAUCGUCAAGAUUUCAAAUGAUUGACUACAAUAACUAUAACAAUACUAAUGUCAAUAGUAGUAAUAAUUUUCCCCAUACAAAUAUUCAUUCUGUACAACGACAAAACACUUUACAAUCAUCAUCAUCAUUCAAUUCUCCGAUUUCACAUCUGGGAAAUAGUGGGAUUGGUAAUAAAAUCCAUUCACAUAUUCCCUAUUCCCAUUCUCAUCAUCAACAUUCUUAUCUAUCAUCACAACAGCUACAAUCAUCUCCACAAAACAAUUGGAAUUCUCAUAAUACAAUAUUUAAUCAAAUGUCCUAUGGUUCCCCAAGCGUUCCUAGUAGUCAUACUUCUUUUCUUCGGUUGCCACCACAACAGCAGUCUCCAGCGACAAUCAGUCAUGUAGGUCCACAACAACGACGUUAUGAAAGACAACACUGUCCAGAUCGACUUGGUCUUACACGUCCACCCAUUAAUUCAUCUACAUCAACAGCAUCCACACCUAGAUGUGAUUACUGUCUGGGUGAUGAUAAUAUGAAUGCACGUAUUGGUCAUCCAGAAUGUAUGUUACAAUGUUCUCGAUGUGGACAUAGUGCACAUUACUCAUGCCUACGUCUACCUCCGCAUAUAAUUGAUGCUGCAAUGCGUUAUCCCUGGCAGUGUAUUGAGUGUAAAACAUGUUGGUUAUGUGAUCAAGACGAUCAUGAGGAUCGAAUGGUUUUUUGUUGGGAAUGUGAUCGUGUAUUUCAUACACAUUGUAUACCAUCUCGAUUACCUCGUUCCCUUGAUGCCCAUUGGACCUGUGAUAUUUGUAUGCAUGAAAUGUAUAAUAAUAAUCAUAAUAAUAAAUCUAUGUUUGAUCAACGUACACAUCCUAACUCUAGUUAUGAAUUCUAUGCAAAUAGUACUUGUAAUACUACUAAUAAUGGUAGUAGUAGUAGUAGUAGUAAUACUACUAGUAAUAAUAAUAACACUAGGAAUGAUGAUCAUAAUGAUAAUUUCAAUUCAAUGAAUACUGGCAAUGGUUAUUAUACAGCACAUGUACAGCAUCAUCAUACACAAAAUACUGCUCGUUCAUAAUUAUUGUUCUGUAUAAUUUGCUCAUUUUUAAAUUUUUAUUAUCAAAUUAAUUAAUUAUUAAUUAUGUAAGAGAAAAGGAUCCAUGAAGGUUCUACUUUUCUUUUAAAACUUCCCUUUAAUGUACUAUUUUUGUUGUGUUUUUAUUCUUUGUUGUUGUACACUUCUUCUUCUCCACUUUUCUCCUUCCCUCUCUCUCUCUCUCCCUCCCUUCAUCAUUCAUAUUGAUCACUAGACAUAAACUACUCAAACUAAUCUAUAUAUACAUAUGUACUGGUAUUAUGAAUAUAUAUAUAUUGUGUAUAUCAGCUUCAAUGUUUUACAGUGAUAUAUAUAUAUACACCUAUAUAUAUAUUUAACAAGUGUGAAAUUCUAUUUAUUUUAUGCAUUUUAUACAUGUGCAUUAUUAUUGUAAUUUCUUUUUUCAAAGAGAGAAAUCAAAUGUUUCACUUUCCCUAUUCUACUUUUAUUUACUUAAUGUUCAUUUCAAUGGUUCUAUUUAAAACUAUACAUUUAUAUGUAUACUUGGCACCGGGACCAAGGUGAUCAUGAAUAAUACCUUGGCCAUCAGAUGAAGACUCACCAUUACUUUCUCUGGCAUGUUGAAGACUUCGAUAAUCCCUUAUUUGGGCUCGCUCGGACGCGUAUAUAAAUUAUGUAAUAUGUAUGUAGUUUGUUAAUAAUAUUGUGAUGAAUACUUUUUAAUUUUGUUUUAUUACGUAACUAUUCUUUGUGUUGUUAAUUUUUUUUUUUUAAAAAAAAGGUUUAAACUGAAUAAAUUUACAUGACUUACUACUACUAAUACUACUGAUUGGAUGAAAUUUACCAAUUUUUUUUUCCUGUCUUCUUUUUCUUUUAUAAUUUUAAUCCCAUUAUUAUGAUUAUUACUUUUAUUUAGGGAUCAAAUAUUGUUGUUUUGUAUGCUCAAUUCAUACAAUGAUUAUUAUAAUGAUCAUACUAUGAUUGUUUACUUAUUAUUGAUCAAUCAGCAUAUAUAUAUAUACUACUUAUUGAGUAGUAGUGCAAUUCAUUGUUAGGUUAAACUAAGUGUGAUAUAGAUACUCAAACUGAAUUAGUUUGUACAAUGAAUUUUAAUGGAUAUUAAUGACAUUCUUUUAGUUAACUUUUGUUUGUUUUUGAUUUCAAUUACCAUAUGAUGUGUUUACUUUAGUGAUAAUAUAGUUAUAUAUUUUGGAUUCCUUUCUGUUCUUUGUGUUGCUUUUGAUGUUGUCUGUCACAAUAGUUCGAUUAUAUUUUAAUGAUCAUAUUCUGUUUAGUUAUUUCUAAAGUAUAAUAACUUGGACCGUUGCAUAAUUGUGCCCGAUCCUACGUUGUAGCUGAAUGUCUACUUAUUUCUCACCUUCUUCUUUGUGUAGUAUUGUUAUUCAUUUUCAUCAUUACUACUUACACUAUUCAUUUUGACCUUGUUUUCACUUCUCCUUCCUUUGGAUAUUUAUGUUUUGUUUACAUGAAUUUAUAUGUAAAUGUUAUACUAUUGUGGUAAUAUUAUGAAUCGUCAGGCGCCGUUCGUUAUAUAUAAAACAGUUGAACACUUCACAAAUAUAUAUGCAUAUUCCACAUAAUAAUAUGCAUGAAAAUCAACGAAUGGAUCUUUAUUUUGUUUGGUAUUAUUACUAUGACAAUUACUUCUUUGAUGAUUAUUGUUUUUAUCAUAUAUAUUCAUUUCGAAAGAAAGCACAAUAGAAAUGUAAUGUUCCCUUUUUGUUUGUUUCUUUUUCCGAAACUCCACUUUGAUUUACAAUAAAGAAUUAUUUGUUUUUU